CUCCACCGUACGAUUGCUUAUCAAGGCCCUUGGGGGGAAAGGUUCUGCGUCUUAUCGUUCCGAUCGAGAUAAGAGGCGAAGGGACCGGUCGCAUCGACUACAUAUAUCUGCGAGGUGCCCUGACCUGCACGACGGGACGACCAACUCGGACGUUGCGCUCCCGUCACGCUCGACACUCUCAGAUACGACAACCAAUUAACCAAACAUGUCGCCGCCGCCGCUAGAGUACGUCUUCAAACGAGUCGGAGAGCUCGAGAUCGUUCUCGAUGUCUACCUACCAACUGGGGCGACCGCGGACGAUCCGGCGAGCGUCUGCGUUUGGUGGCACGGCGGUGGAUUGUUCCAGGGAACGAGGAAAGCUUGUCCACCGAAUAUGGAACUCCUACCCACUCGUUCCAACAUCGCCUUCAUCUCGGCCGACUACCGGCUCGCUCCACAGAGCAACAUCCACCUCAUCCUCGAGGACACGGUCGACGCGAUCGAUUUCAUCAGACGAGAACUGCCAGGGAGACUCGAAGGCAAGAUCGACCCGACCAAGUUGGCGGUCUCGGGAGGCAGUGCGGGCGGGUGGUUGGCCUUGUUGGCAGGGAUUCCGACAAAGGGGCAGCCAGGAGCCGUCGUCGACCCGCCCGUCACUUGUAUCGCGAGCAUCUACCCGAUCACGGAUGUGGACACGGCGUUUUACACGACAAAGCAGAGGCCGGUGUCGUACUGGCCAAAGGGAAUUAUCCCCGACGACCAGGCCGCUCCACACAUCGAUCCUUCCGAUCCUGAACUUUGCAGUUCUUCCACGACCUCGUCUCGAUCCAUCGUCUACCACUAUGCGUUACAAGAAGCGCUCUGGCAUCACCUCUGGCUCGUCAACGCCCCCACACAGUCCCCCGGUGCGUCUACGGACCCGCGGUCGUUCAACGUCGGCGAGAGGCUGGAGAUGGCCAAGAGGGACGGCGUCGAGGUGCCUCCUCUUUUCUUGACGAGUGGGACGGCGGACGACAAGGUGGAUCCCGCCGGGGCGGAGAGGUUGGCGAGCCGGUUGAAGAGCUUGGGGUGUGAUUAUGUGUGGGACGAGAGGCAGGGGUGUGAUCAUCUGUUUGAUCAGGACGAGAGCGAGAGGAUGGAGAGGAUGCACGAGUUUUUGCAGAGGCAUUUGUUGUAG